UGUUUAUAGCUUUGUAUGCCACAAUGUGCAGAUAUUCUGGUUGAGUUAGAGCAGCUUCUGAAAGGCAUUGCCAUGAUGAAAGAGCUAACACCUCGUACAAGGGACUAUCUAGUUUCCUUUGGUGAAUGCAUGUCUACAAGAAUUUUUGCAGCAUAUUUAAACAAAAUUGGUACUAAAGCACGACAGUAUGAUGCAUUUGAGAUUGGUUUUAUUACCACAGAUGACUUUACAAAUGCUGACAUCUUGGAAGCAACUUAUCCUGCUGUUGCAAAGAGGUUGCAUGGUGAUUGGACUAAUGAUCCGGCGAUUCCUAUAAUCACUGGUUUCCUUGGAAAGGGUUGGAAAUCCGGUGCUGUAACUACCUUAGGCAGAGGUGGAAGCGACUUAACUGCAACAACUAUAGGUAAAGCUUUGGGCUUACGUGAAAUUCAGGUUUGGAAAGAUGUUGAUGGUGUUUUAACAUGUGAUCCUAAUAUAUGUCCAAAUGCAAAGCCGGUUCCUCAUUUAACAUUUGAAGAGGCAGCUGAACUCGCUUAUUUUGGAGCACAGGUGUUGCAUCCCCAGUCAAUGCGGCCUGCCAGAGAAGGUGAUAUACCUGUUAGGGUCAAGAAUUCUUAUAAUCCUCAAGCUCCUGGAACUGUCAUCACUAAAGCAAGAGAUAUGAGCAAGGUUGUACUAACCAGCAUCGUGUUGAAGUCAAAUGUUACCAUGUUGGAUAUUGUGAGCACUCGAAUGCUUGGACAGUAUGGUUUUCUUGCAAAGGUUUUCUCUAUAUUCGAGGACUUGGGCAUUUCUGUUGACUGUGUCGCAACAAGUGAAGUUAGCAUCUCUUUGACACUGGAUCCAUCAAAACUCUGGAAUAGAGAAUUAAUCCAGCAGGAACUUGAUCAUGUAGUUGAGGAGCUGGAGAAGAUUGCCGUUGUUCAUCUCCUUCAGCACAGAUCAAUAAUCUCUCUUAUUGGAAAUGUGCAGAGAUCAUCUUUAAUCCUAGAAAAGGCAUUCAAUGUUCUUCGCAAGAAUGGAGUGAAUGUGCAGAUGAUCUCCCAGGGAGCAUCUAAGGUUAACAUUUCCUUGGUAGUUCAUGAUAGCGAAGCACAGCAGUGCAUCAGUGCUUUGCACUCGUCAUUCUUUGACAAUGGCUUCCUGUCAGAAGUAGAGGAAGCUGCCAGUGUAAACUGAUGUUAUGCUGUAUGCAGUGGUCUUUUGAUGUCCGAUUCAUCCAAAUUAACUUGUGGUGCCUUCCUACUAACCCAAAAAUCUUCAGGAGAGCAUCCAACUUUCAUGUCAUCACCAGCGGCCAACAACCACGCAUUCUUUAGAAUAGAACCACUAAAUUUAAAAUGGACUGUAUCUUUUCAUUGCACUUAUCAAAUGCUUUGAUUUUUAAGUUAAAAUUAAAUUGGAAAACUCUUGAAAUUUAUGCUUUUG